AUUUUCCCGCCUAUAUAAAGGCAAGGGAUAAAGUCCCUGAAGUCACUCAACAGUUAACAUCUAUCUCACUUCUCAAUAUUUACUUCGAAAGAGAAGAUGAGUAAAGGCGUAGCAAGCGGCACGAGCAAAGGUGGAAGAGGAAAGGGAAAGGCAACCAAGUACGUCUCACGCUCGUCAAAGGCCGGUCUUCAUUUCCCCGUGGGAAGAAUCGCCAGGUUCCUCAAGGCAGGUAGAUACGCCGACCGUGUUGGUUCUGGAGCUUCUGUCUAUCUCGCAGCCGUUCUAGAGUACCUCGCCGCCGAGGUGUUGGAGGUAGCUGGAAACGCAGCGAGGCAUAACAAGAAGACACGUAUUACACCGAGACACAUUCAGCUUGCGGCGAGGAACGAUGAGGAGCUGGAUAAUCUUCUGGGAUCUGUGACGAUUGCUAAUGGUGGAGUUUUGCCACACAUUAAUCCGAAACUUUUGCCUGCCAAGGUUGGAAAGCACAAAGGAGAUGUUGGUUCUGCUUCUCAAGAGUUCUGAGUUCAUUUUCAUUUUCUCCCGUUGUAAUAAUUUUAUCAGAUUUGUUUGAUUGCACCUAAUGUUUUUAACGUCGGAGUGGUAUUAAAAUUAUGGAACAUGGUUUUAAUUUAAUAUUUGUUUCGAUUUUGAGAGAAGAUGAUAUGGGGAUGUAGCUCAAAUGGUAGAGCGCUCGCUUUGCAUGCGAGAGGUACAGGGUUCGAUACCCUGCAUCUCCAUUUUUCUUUGUUUAUUGGCUAAUUUUUCAAACAUGUAUUCAAAUCUACUACUGAUCAAAGGAGAUAUUAACGCACAUCCUUCCACAUCUUUAUACAUUCCUCGUGCAUUGGAGGUUUGCAUGCAUUGUGUUGUCGAGAUUUAACAUUUUUCAAUACACAAGGAAAUGAUGUUCUAAUUGUGUGGGUUAAGGUUAAUCUAAGUUUGCAUAUAGCUCCGUAACACAAGACAUUCUAUACUUGUAAAUCAAGUAAACACUAAAUCAAAUUUUUGUUCCCAAACUAGCACU